AUGUGCUCGUCCAAUGGCUAUUCCUAGAUUAGCUAGACCAUCUGGUACUCAACUUGUUGGUAGAUUUUAUUCAACCUUCAAUCCUAAAGAUCAACCAAGAGUUAGAAUUGGUUCUACUGCUCCUAACUUCACUGUUGAUACUACCGAAGGGGAAAUUGAUUUCCAUAAAUACAUUGGUGAUCAAUGGGUUGUUUUAUUUUCUCACCCAGCUGAUUUUACCCCGGUUUGCACUACUGAAUUAGGUGCUUUUGCUAAAUUGAAACCAGAAUUCGAUCAAAGAAACGUUAAAUUGAUUGGUUUAUCUACCGAAGGUGUUGAAAGUCAUAAAGCUUGGAUUAAGGAUAUGGAAGAUGUUACCACUGGAGGGGCUAAAUUUUCUUAUCCAAUCAUUGCUGAUUCCGAUAAAAAAGUUGCUUUCUUAUAUGACAUGUUAUCUGAGGAAGAUUUCAACAAAAUUGGUGGUGGAAUGGUUCCAACUGUCAGAUCGGUCUUUGUUAUUGAUCCAUCCAAGAAGGUUAGAUUGAUUAUGACUUACCCAGCUUCUACUGGUAGAAAUUCUGCUGAAGUUUUAAGAGUUGUUGACGCUUUACAAUUAGCUGACAGCAAAGGUAUUGCAACCCCAAUUGAUUGGUCUUCUGGCGAAGAUGUCAUUAUUCCACCAUCUAUCAGUGACGAUGCUGCCAAAGCUAAAUUUGGUGAAUUCAAAACUUUGAAAUCGUAUUUGAGAACUACUAAAAGUCCAAUUGAAUAAGUAUAUUAAGUAAAGACUUGAAAUCUUGAAAAUUUAUAUUUUGAAUAUAUACAUGUAG